AUGGGGCUUUUUAGAGGAAUGAGAGACAAACCCCCAUCAGAUUACUUGUUAAAGAUCAAGUCAUUUUCUCUCUUCUCCGAUCAAGGCGUCGAAAAAAUUGAUUCUGACAAGUUUGAAGCCGGUGGGCACCAAUGGAGGAUUGUGUUAUUUCCAGGUGGCUGUAAUGAGGGUUCUGGAGAUUAUAUCUCUAUAUACUUGUCACUGGCAAACAAAGAUGCUGUUGCUGAUGGUGAGGAGGUCAAUGCAAUUUUCAGGUUCUUUCUAUUUGACCAAGUUCGAGGAAAGUAUCUCUAUGUUCAAGGAAGUGCUAGGCGUUUCGAUAGGGUGAAAUGCAAAUGGGGGUUUUCUAAGUUCAUUGCCUUGGAAAUUUUUAAAGAGCCCUCUCAUGGAUAUUUAGUAGAAAAUACAUGUUUUAUCGGAGCUGAGGUUUACGUUAUCAGGAACUCAGGUCUUCGUGAAUGCCUGUCAAUAUCGGAUUUUCCUGGUGUAUCCUACAAAUAUACAUGGACAAUUACUCAGUUUUCAAAGUUGGGAAGUUUUUGUCAGUCUGAUGAAUUUGUUGUGGGAGGCUACAACUGGAAGUUAGCACUCUGUCCAAAAGGCAAUGCAAAGAAUGAAGGUUGCUGUAUGUCCCUUUAUUUACAGUCUGUGGAUUCCCAGCAUUUCUCCCCGGCCCAGAAAGUUAAAGCAAAGUUUAAAGUCACUCUUAAAGACCAGAAGCGUGGGAUGAAUGAUGUUACAUAUGCGGAUAUUUUUUGGUUUGAUUCAUCAGUGAAAUGCUGGGACUGUGGAUCCUUUAUCGAACUAAAAAUUCUUAAAGAUGAAGAAUAUGGCUUUAUAUAUGAAGAUCAGUGCGUAAUUGAGGCUCAACUUACAGUGCUAUAUGAAACUUGUCAAAAGACUCUAUCUUAA